UUGAAUUUGUAAUGCAUGAAAAAUUUAUUUGCAUGGACUUAUAAACACUUUGUAACGUCAUUUAUUAAAAACUAUAUGAUAUGAUGGAUAAAUUAUGCAAUUUUUGUGGACAUUCUUUUAAUAAAACAUCGAAUUUGAAGCGUCAUCUUCUAAAUAUUCAUCAAUUUUCUGAAGGUGAGACUCGGAAAUAUGAAAAAGCCAAGCAUACAUGUGCGUAUUGUAAAAUUCAGCUGAAUAUUGAAGAAAUGAAUGAACAUUAUACCUCCGAACAUGACGUCAUCAUUGAAACUGAAACCCUCAAUUUCAACUCGCUUGAAGAAUGGAUGCAAUGGAAAAAACUGAUGGAAAAUCAAACAAAUUGUCGUUUUAUUUUGGUAUGUGGUAAGACCGAUACUGUCGAAAGAUACACUUGUCAUAGAAAUGGUGAAUUCAUCACAAAAAGCACAGGUAAACGUUUCAUGAAGAUUCAAGGGUCCAAAAAAACGAACACGUAUUGUCCUGCAUCUAUAAAAGUGAGCUUAGAAAACAAAAACAAAAUCGUAGUGAAAUUUACUCCAAGUCAUAUUGGUCAUGAAAAUGAACUUCGUCAUAUCUAUCACUCUCCUACGAAACAGCAAGAGAUAGCAGCUAAGUUAUUGGCGAAAAUCCCUCCUAAAGCAAUCUUAGAAGAAGUGAGAAAUUCGUUGAUCGUUAGUGAUGCAAGUGUGCAACGUAUUCAUCUACUUACCCAGAAAGAUAUACAUAAUAUUGCUGCGAAGUACAACAUUGGUAUUCCUUAUAAACAAGAUCAGAAUCCUGCUGUUAGUGUACAUAUGAAGAUAGAGGAGCUGAAGUCGUCUGAAGAUUCUGUUUUAUUCUAUAAAACCCAGGGUGUCUGUGAUGAAAAGCAAACCUUUUUGAAGAAAGAAGACUUCGUCUUGAUCAUGAUGAAUGAAGCUCAAUCAGAAUUAUUGAAAAAAUUUGGCAGUGAUGUAAUUGCAAUUGAUGGUACUCAUGGUAUGGGCCAUGAUUUCGAAUUGUUUUCAAUAAUUGUUCUAGAUGAGCUACGUCAAGGGUUACUCUGUGCUUUUAUGAUCACGAAUCGCAAAGAUGAGAAGAUUUUCAAAUUUUUUUACAAUAAUGUGAAAUCUAGAGUUGGUAAUAUCACUCCAAACGUAUUCAUGAGCGAUAUGGCUGACGAAUUGUAUUCUGGAUGGUGUAAAGUUAUGGGUGAAUCAAAAUCUCGCUUAUACUGCACUUGGCACGUAGAUCGCGCAUGGCAGCAGAAUUUGACAAAAAUUAAAAACACUGACAAACGACCAGAAGCUUAUAAGUUACUUCGUACGUGCUUAGAAGAACUUGAUCAGAAUAAAUUCAACAUUUUAAUCGUCAAUGUUGCCAAUACGUUGAAGGCUGAUGAUGACUGGCGCGAUUAUGGUAUAUAUUUUGAUACUUACUACGUUCCAAAAGCAGAAUAUUGGGCUUACUGCUUCCGAAGACAUGCAGGUGUAAAUACGAACAUGCAUCUUGAGAGAAUUCAUAAGUCUAUCAAGUAUUUAUACUUAGAUGGAAAAGUCUGUAAGCGUUUGGAUAAGUCUCUUCAUGCCCUAUUACAAUAUAUCAGAGAUCGAUUGUUUGACAGAUUUAUAAUGCUUGAGAAAGGCAAGCUUACAUCAAAGGCCAUGGAAUUACGAAAACGUCACCGUACAGCUGAAGAAGCAAAGGAUAAAAUACAAAUUACGAGUAAUCCAGACGAUGCGAACUUUAUUGUUACUUCCCAGAAGAACAUUUAUUAUGUGACUGAUAAUGUAGCGCAAUGUGAUUGCAAGUUACGUUGUCCAGCUUGCUGUGUGUGUAUUCAUCGAUAUAACUGCACGUGUAUAGAUUCCAUGAUAAAAUUCAAUAUGUGCAAACAUAUUCAUUUAGUUUGCAAUUUCGUUAAAGAAGCUACCGAAGCAAGAGAAGAAAGCCUUCCUUCAACCUCAACCCUGCCCAUUGAUGCAGCUCCAGCUCCAGUAUUUCCAGUAACAGAAAUUUUUAGUACUGUUAAUGAGGCUCCGGCUCCGGCUCCAGUAACAGAAAUUUUGAGAAGACAGAUAACUAAGAAAAGAGCACCUACUCGCGAAGAAUUAGAAGCAGUAUUCAACGACUUAUUAAAUACAACUGCUACGUCUGAUGAGGGUCGAGAAAAAAUCAUGACUGCCUUAAAACAGUGCUCAAGAAGUUAUACUUUACCUUUGCACGAUGUUCCUGUGAAUGUAAUUCCAAAAGUGCUUACUCAAUCCUCCGUUAGUGCUCGAAAAAAAAUCACUCAACAAUUGAGAUUCGUUUCUACAAAAAAGAGUAAUACGAAACGUAAGCAAAGAGCACAGAAACCUUGCCUUGAAGAAAAAGAUGAAAUUUUCGAAAAACUAAUGUAAUGUACUCGUAAACGUAUGUUUAGGUUCAGAAUUUAGAUAUGUUUUUACUACUUUGACCAUAAUUUGUAAGUUGUUGUUCAGUACUGAAUUGAUUAAUUUAGACAUAUUGAUUCGUAAUCGUAAUGAUAUUGUUUUCUAUCUUUCUUUCAGUAUACGUAAUAUCAUUAAUAACAUUUAAAAAACACAACUUUCAUUUAUUUGAGACUAUUUUGAGACCAUAAUAGGAACUUGACAGAGGUGCGCCGCGCUAGUGUCGCCUUGUUUAUGAUUGGCUGAUGAAAGGUCCCAGUAUAAACAUUGGAAUGUAAUGUUGUGAAAAUUGAAGGAAAAUUGUUGAAAAUUGCUGAUAACAACGGGACCUUUCGUUAGUUCCGGUGUUUUUGACUACCAUUUCCUAGAGCGCGACAGUUGUCUUGUCAAAU